GCGCAGUCAUUUCAAUCACCAUAGACGCGGUGCUGUCUCCAGCAUCCUCCGAGAGAGAAAGAAGGAACCGGGAACGCAGAGGUACCACUUACCGCAACGUGUGAAGAGGCCAAUUUUGAAGCCACUGACCUGCGUCCCUACUGUGGCCACCUGCCAUGCUUAUCGCUUCAUCCCCAAAGUGACAGGAAUCACCCUUUGACCUGCGCUCAGAAGCACCUUCAUCCGUCCUCCAGACAUUCCACAGGGUUUUUGGCGUCGCCCUCGUCAUCGUUUUUUUCCCGUGGCUUUUCCAGUCCAGGCCCAGAUGCGGUUGCGCGGCCCGCCUGUGUGCAGCUUGGUGGGCGUGGUGACUCUACUGCUCCCCCUGUGGGAGGCGGGCUGCUUGGAGCUGAGCGUCGACUCGAGGCUUCGGCCCCUGACGGAGCCCAGGGGACACGAAGGGACUCUGCGCAGGCAUAAACGCAGCUGGGUGUGGAACCAGUUUUUCGUGCUGGAGGAGUACACAGGAAACGACCCCCUCUAUGUGGGCAAGCUUCAUUCGGAUGUGGACCAGGGGGAAGGAAACAUUAAGUAUGUGCUUUCUGGAGAGGGCGCCACCUCCAUCUUCACCAUCGAUGAGAACACGGGAGAUAUCCACGCCACCAAACGGCUGGACAGAGAGGAGCAGGCCUACUACACUCUGCGUGCCCAGGCCGUGGAUCGAGCCACCAACCGCCCUGUGGAGCCAGAGUCCGAGUUCAUUGUCAAGGUCCAGGACAUCAAUGACAACGAACCAAAAUUCCUGGAUGGGCCGUAUACUGCUGGGGUUCCAGAGAUGUCUCCCCUUGGAACGUCUGUAGUCCAGGUGGCAGCAACAGAUGCUGAUGACCCCACAUAUGGAAACAGUGCCAGAGUGGUCUACAGUAUUCUCCAUGGACAGCCCUACUUCUCAGUCGAACCAAAGUCAGGCAUAAUCAGAACGGCGCUUCCCAACAUGGACCGGGAGACUCGUGACCAGUACGUGCUGGUCAUCCAGGCCAAGGACAUGGUGGGACAGAUGGGGGGGCUGUCCGGCACCACGUCCGUCACUGUCACGCUCACAGAUGUGAACGACAACCCGCCACGCUUCUCUCGCAAGUCCUAUCAAUACACAGUACCAGAGACCCAGUCCGUGGGAUCCGUGGUGGCCAAGAUAAAGGCAGCCGAUGCCGACAUUGGCUCCAACGCAGAAAUGGACUACAGGAUUAUUGACGGAGACGGUCUCGGGAUGUUUAAAGUGUCCACGGACAAAGACACGCAGGAAGGAGUCAUAGCUCUGCAAAAGCCCAUGGACUUUGAGACAAAGGCAGGCUACUCCCUGCGGAUCGAGGCAACCAACCGGCACAUUGACCCGCAGUUCCUGAGCCUGGGCCCGUUCAGCGACACGGCCACUGUGCGGGUGACGGUGGAAGAUGUGGACGAGCCGCCCAUCUUCUCCUCUCCGCUCAGCAAGAUGGUGGUCUCCGAGGCCGCUAAGGUGGGCACCAUCAUCGGGACCGUCUCUGCGCAUGACCCCGACGCCUCCAGCAGUGCCAUCAGAUACUCCAUAGACCGCAAUACCGACCUGGAGAGGUUUUUCAACAUUGAUGCCAUGACUGGAGUUAUUAGCACAGCCAAACCUCUGGACAGAGAAGUCAACGCCGUGCACAACAUCACCAUUUUCGCCAUGGAAAGUCAGGACCCUACCCAAGUUGGAAAGGGCAUUAUUGUUAUAACGGUGAUGGACAUCAAUGACAACGCCCCUGUCUUCGCCAUAGAGUACGAGACCUUCCUCUGUGAGAAUGUCAAGCCGGGAAAGGUCAUCCAGACCAUCAGCGCAGUGGAUAAAGAUGAGCCACCCAGCGGACACCGUUUCUUCUUUGCACUCAGCGCAGAGGCUGCUGGAAACCUCAACUUCACCCUCAGAGACAACAAAGACAACACGGCCUCCAUUCUGACGAAGCGGGGGGGGUUUCGACGCCAGGAGCAGUUCCUUUACCAGCUUCCCAUCCUGAUCCUGGACAGUGGCAGCCCCUCUCUCAGCAGCACCAACACGCUGUCCAUCCGAGUGUGUGACUGCGACCCUGAUGGUCUCGCCCAGUCCUGCAACGCCGAAGCCUACAUGCUCCCGGCCGGCCUCAGCACCGGUGCCCUCAUCGCCAUCCUCGCCUGCAUCCUCACACUGCUGGUUCUGGUGUUGCUGAUUGUGAUGAUGCGCCGUCGCAAGAAGGAGCCCCUCAUUCUGGAGGACGAGCGGGACAUCCGCGAGAACAUCGUGCGCUACGACGACGAGGGCGGCGGGGAGGAAGACACCGAAGCCUUUGACAUGGUCGCCCUGCGGAACCUCAACGUCAUCCGAGACCACAAGGCCCGGCGGGACGUGACGCCGGAGGUGACCUCGUUCUUCUCCUCGCGGCCCGCCUACAAGACCCUGCCGGACAACGUCAUCUUCCGGGAGUUCAUCUGGGACCGGCUGAAGGAGGCGGACGUGGACCCCUCGGCGCCCCCGUACGACUCCCUGCAGACCUACGCCUUCGAGGGAAACGGCUCGGUGGCGGAGUCCCUCAGCUCGCUGGAGUCCCAGAGCACGGACUCUGACCAGAACUACGACUAUCUCAGUGACUGGGGGCCUCGCUUUAAGAAGCUGGCUGAUCUCUACGGCAACACCGAGGGCUGUAAUAUAUUCUCAUAGCCCCGUUUCAAAUUUUGAGUUUGACUGUGGAGUUGAUGGGGGAAAAAAACCUAAUGCUAUUAUUGCAACAAAAAAGGACUCCACAGGUAGAGAAUCCUGAACUGACUUUCGUUGGAUAGGAGAAAACUACUUUUGUCCAAGAAAACGAGAUGGAAAUUGUUACAAGAGAACAAUUUUUAAAAAAGGCUAUUUAAAUUCAAAAGGUAUUACCCAUCAAUCCCCCUGGAUAGGAUUUUCUCAAAGAAUCCAGGGACGUCUUGACAAACCGUAAAUGUGACAACACCAGAGAAAAUGUACGAGACAUAGACCAUGAAUGCUGAACCUGGCGGGAACCAAAGAUCUCACCUGUUGGACCCAAAGGGUGCAUUAACCCUUCACUCCUGUAUCCAACAUGGACCAUGUUGUGCCAGAAUCAGUGUUAAUCGCCAAAUGCUGCAAUGCAUCUUACUGCUUUUGUUGUUCUCCAAGUAUUUUUUUUUAAUUGUCUGUAGUGAUUAGUCAGUACAGCAACAGUUUAACAAGUUCAGUGGUCAUUACAAGUGUACACAUUGAUCAGUAUACGAUAGAUGUUUUUUUCUGCCAUUGAUUUUUAACAGAACAAUGCAAAAUGUCACAACGAUUUACUUGCUUCGCAUUGGGGGAAAAAGGGGAGGAAAAUUCACAAGUAUGUGUAAGCCAGAUACUGUAUGAAUCUAGUGAAAGUAACUGCUCUAUUACUGUGUAAAAGAGGCUUUACAAUCUCCCUCAUAUCAAGUGGAAAAUGGGGAUCACUAGCUGAAAUAAAUAAAAACACAUGCUUCCUGUUUUGGUAUUCUGAUGUUUCAUCUGAUUAAUGCAGGAGAAGGAACACUUUUGCUAUUCUAUUGGUAAACAUUGUGACAAAUGUUGUGAUUUUCAAGAACAAAAUUACCUUCUUUAGUAAGUGCCCCCUGGUAUAACUCUUAGGUUCAGAUAAAAGUUAAUACAGGGUGUUGAUUGAGAGUCAUUAUUCUGCUAUCCAGUCUAGUUUUAGACGUGUAUAGCAAAACAGACUUUAUGACUAAAUAGUGAUUUCUGAAUAUACUUGGUAGAUAGAUCUUGAACUUGAGUGAAUCUUGUAAAAAGAGCAUUAAUGAAUUGCAAUUCACAGGCUUGUUAUCAAUAUGAACAAUACAUUUAAUCGGUAUUAUACCCAGUAUUUUUACUGUGGUAUAAUUUUAGCUCUUUUGGCUCUUUCCAGCACAUUGGAUUUUAAAUUGAAUAUGAGCUUAAAGUGCACACUGUCACCACAUUUCAGGGUAUUUCCAUCCAUAUCUGGUGAUCAGUGUUGGAAUUACAUCCUUUUUGAUGCAUAGUCCCUCCAUUUUCUAAGCAAUUACUUUUGGUCCCCUAAAAUGGGGGAUGUAUAUGUAUAUGUAUAAAAUGUAUGUAAUUCCCAUAGUACAUCACCUGUGGAUAUAAAUACAGGUUAACCUCAUAUCCAUAGUUUCAUUUCAAAUCCAGUGUGCUGGAGUACACAGCCAAUACCACAGGAAGUACCACUGUCCAAAUACUUAUGGACUCCACAGUAGGUUCAAGGAUAAUAUGGAUAAUAUGGAUAUGGAUAAUAUUCUUAUUAAACACAGAGCUUAUGUGCCACAACGUCACGGAUGCCUGCGAGUCAAUUUGAGCUCAACGUUUAUGGAUAAUAAUUCUGAGACCAAUGUAAAAAACAGAGUGAGAAGUUUUGCUUCAAAACAUGCUUUCUGAAUUUGACUAUUGAACUUUUUUCCUGGAUAUGUUUAUAAUAACAGCAGUGUUUACAAGAUACUUGUUUUUUAUUUUGCAGAAGCAAAAAUAUGUGACUGAUGUUUUUCCCAGUUUGCUGACAAUAAAAAGAACAUUCUGUUCCUCAAAA